UUUUUUUUUAAUUUUGUUUUGUUCUACUUUUCAUGACAGUAUUAUUACGAAUAUUGAAAAGUAAAGGAAACAUAUUCACUGUCGUUUUUCUAUGCACUGCGGUUUAUUUCCUUGCUGCACUUUUACCAACAUCCAAUCAUACAGCUUUAUCAUCACAACAACAACAGCAACAACAAGUAAAGUCAAUAAACAAAUUCAGUAGGAUUAAGGAUGAUCAAAAACGACAAUUACUCUAUUCAGCAUUGGGUCAUAUUCGUAUAGGUUAUGUGGCGAAUCGAACUCCAGAUGUAGAUAUUCCUCCAUUAUUAGUUAUGUCAAGUUGUAAAUCAGCACUGAUGCCUUGUGGAUCUUGGGGACAACGAUUACUAGAUAUGACAAGCGCUUAUUUCUUCAGUAUGUUAGUAGAUGGGACAGCAUUUACGAUGGAUAUGACAGAUCCUUUACCAUUCCAAUCCUAUUUUGAAUCUUACCCAGGUUAUAUGUCACUACAGCCUAGUCAAGCAUACUACUACAUUCGACAAUGGGAAGAUAAAGGUGAACAAGAUAAGGUGCGCAAUAUUACAAUGCAAAUGAUGACUCUUGAUGCCAAUACAGAUUAUAAACAACAUUUUCAACAUGUCAAGAUCUUACAAACGACACAAUGGCCACCACUGAACGACAAUAUUGCUACAUUUGGGACAUCUUCGGCAAUGAAGCGGUUAAGAGAUAGAUAUCAAUUGAACCGAUUGGAGACCUCAGAAUGGUUUUGGCUUGUCUAUCGAUUAUUACUGAAUCCAACGGAUUGGUUAGCGACACAAUUGGAGCCUCACCGGACGUUGAUGGGUGGAUCGACAAGAUGGGGUGAAUCUUUAUCAAUGACAGAUCCUCGUAACCAGGUGGCAACUGAAGUGGCAACGCAUUGGUUCAGGAUUGGAUUAAGACUGGAUGACAAUAAGGAACAUAACGUGGAUUGUUGGUUGUCCUAUAUAGAAGGAUUGUGUGACUCGUCAGGAAAGGAUCAGUGUCAUGUCUUUGUAUCAGCAACAUCAAUCUCUCUUUUGGAUCAAGUACGACGCUAUUCAUGGAAAUUUCCUUCGGUGACGAUUCAUACCAUUUCAGAUGCUUAUGAUUUUACUAGUAUAGACAAUGAAGCAUCGAUGAUACCAGAUAAGAAGAAGAAGUUAUUCGAAUCAGAGGACCAACGUUUAAAAAUGAAAUUUGCAAGAUCGGUGAUGGAUUGGACUAUUCUGACAAGACUGGAUUAUUUACUUGGCUCUGAAGAAGAUACUUUUAUCAAGACAGCGGCAUGGGCUGCUCAAGUACAAACCGAUCUCUUGGCCGAAAGUGCAUCAUGCCAAAUCAAAUCUAUGACGGAAUGGUGAUUGGCGAGGGAGGAAAAGUUUAGAGUUGGAUGAAUAUUUUUUUAUAUAGUUGGUACUUAUUUAUUUAUUAUUAUUACUAGUAUUAUCAUCAUCAUCAUCAUCAUCAUCAUCGUUAUAUAUCUACCAUUCAAUUUGAAAUAAAUGUAUUGUGUCUUCUCC